AUGAAGAUUUUCAUGAAAUCAAUGGCGGAGGAGUUGAAUUUCGAGGAUCAGCCGGGAUCCGGUAGCACUGAAAGAAAUCAGACUAACAGUGAAUACGAUAGAGCACGGCCAGCAAACGCCGAAGAAGAAAAACUACAACUAGAGCUCGCAUUGGCAAUGUCUCGCGAAAGUGCUCCUCCAACCCAGCCAACUACAGGAAACCUAAUUCAACCAGCAGCUACAGUUACCCCUGCCCCGCCAGCUUCAACCCAACCACAGGCAUCUUUUGAUCCAUGGGCUUCAUCAAGUUCGACUCCCGUUGUUACUGCUCCUCCCGCAGCUCAAAAAGCGGCUCCUGCCACUAGUUGGGAGUCGUUUUCGAAUGCUCCACAACAAGCAGCAACUCCUUCAUCGUCAGAUCCUUGGGGUACCCCAGCUCCUGCUGCGCCAAAGGCUUCAGCGGCUCCGGGUGCUAGUUGGACAGCAUUUGAUGACUCUUUUGGUACUGCAUCCGCCUCUGCCACGACAUCCGCCGCUAGUUACCCUCCACAAGCAGACUCUGUUCCUGCUGCGAAACCAGACUCAUUCUUCGACUUGCCGAUCUCUGAUCCAACCCCAGCGCCCGUUUCUCAGCCCGCUGUAGCUCCAGUUAUGACGCCGAUGACGCCGCAAGUCGCCCCUGAGAAUGAUCUUCUGGGCGGAGAAGUCGGAACAUUGACCAGUCAAAAUACUACGAGCGCUGCCCAGAAAAAUGAAAAGAUGCGUAAAACACCCACUGAUUUCCUUGGAAAGGGAGCGAAUCUUGUUAACUUCGACAAUCUUGUCUCGAGACCAUCUGGUGCCGGAGCGAUCAAUCCAUUCAUGUCGUCGGGAUUGCAGAAGACUAAUCCAUUCCACGCAAAAGGGCCAGGUCUGUCGAUGAACGCCAUGGCCUCACAGCAAAACAAAGGUGGCUUCGCCGCCCUCGACGGAACUGGCAUGGCUCCUCUCCAGCCGAUGAACAACAAUUCGGUCAUGCAACCAAUUCAGCCCACGAGCAGCCACGCGCCUGUCUUCUCAUCCACCGCUCAGAACACAAUGUUCGGCGCGAAGCCAAUGUCCAGCCAACAUUUCAAUCAGCAAGCGUUUCGAAAUAAAUUAUUUUUCUAG